CGGCCGGCUCCGGCUGGGGUUCGGCGGCUGCCAUUGGCUUAGCGGCCCCAUCCGGGCACUCGGCGCAGCGCUGUUCCUCAGCCCGAUCGUCCCAAUAUGGCGGAGGCUUCCUUUGGGAGUUCGAGCCCAGUUGGCUCUUUAUCGUCUGAGGAUCAUGACUUUGACCCGUCUGCUGAAAUGCUGGUACAUGAUUAUGAUGAUGAGCGAACUCUCGAAGAAGAAGAAAUGAUGGAAGAAAGCAAAAAUUUCAACUCUGAAAUUGAAGAUUUAGAAAAGGAGGGAAACAUGCCAUUGGAAGAUUUACUGGCAUUCUAUGGCUAUGAACCCACGAUUCCAGUUAUGGCAGGUUCCAGUGCAGAUAGUUCUCCAAGUGAGCUUGCAGAUGAACUUCCAGAUAUGACUCUAGAUAAAGAGGAAAUCGCUAAAGACCUCUUGUCGGGUGAUGAUGAAGAAACACAGUCCUCUGCUGAUGACUUGACACCAUCGGUUACUUCACAUGAGGCUACCGACUUCUUUCCUCGGCCAUUAAGAUCAAACACUACGUGUGAUGGAGAUAAAGAAUCAGAUGGUGAAGAUAUAGAGGCAGACAAUGGUAAUUCGUCUGAAGAUUUGAGAAAGGAAAUAAUGGUUGGUUCACAGUACCAGGCUGAAAUUCCAUCUUACCUUGGCAGAUACAGUGAUGAUGAAAAGGCCUACGAAAAUGAAGACCAUUUACUUUGGAAACCUGAUGUGAUCUCAGAAAGUAAAGUUAAAGAAUACCUUUUUGAAACCUCCUUAAGAACAGGAAAUGAAAAAAUGAUUGGCAGAAUUCCUGAAGGACUACAUACACGGGACAAUGAACAAGCACUGUACGAACUUCUUAAAAGUAGCCAUAAUGUUAAAGAAGCAAUUGAGAGAUACUGCUCAAAUGGAAAGGCAUCUCAGGAAGAGAUGACAGCGUGGACAGAAGAAGAAUGCAGAAGCUUUGAACAUGCACUUCUGAUUUAUGGAAAAGACUUUCAUCUCAUACAGAAAAACAAGGUAAGAACCAGAACAGUUGCUGAGUGUGUGGCUUUCUAUUACAUGUGGAAAAAGUCAGAACGCUAUGAUUACUUUGCUCAGCAAACGAGAUUUGGAAAGAAGAGAUACAACCAUCAUCCAGGAGUUACGGACUACAUGGAUCGUUUGGUAGACGAAGCAGAAGCCCUUGGUGGAGCAGUGCAUUCUUCAUCCUUAACAUCUAACAGUCGAACAGAAACCAUUCCUGAUCAACAGCUAAGCAUUCUGAACUCUAUCACUGCCAAUGAGUUGACAGCAUUGACUAAUAGCGUAGCUACAGUCUGCCACACUUCAGAUGUGAACUGCCUGGAUGAUGCCUUUCCUUCUAUGGACAGCUUACCCCGAGCACCAGUUAAUCAUGUGCCUGUUGGAACAGAAGAAUUGCUCAACUUGCCUAGCAACGGUGAAAGUGAUUGUUUUAAUUUAUUUGAGACUGGCUUUUAUCAUUCAGAAAUAAACCCAAUGAACAUGUGCAGUGAGGAGACAGAAAGACCUGCGAAGAGAUUGAAAAUGGGAGUUCCUGUCCCAGAAUCUUUCAUGAAUGAUGUCUCUGUAAAUAACCUUGGUGUGGACUUCGAGAACCACACGCACCAUAUUACCAGUGCCAAAAUGGCUGUUUCAGUGGCUGACUUCAGCAGUCUAUCUGCAAAUGAGACAAAUGGUUUUAUCAAUACCCACACUCUUCACCAACAUGCUGCCCUUCACUCAGAAUGACUGUGGAAAACUAAACAAACAGUGGGUACUUUAUGCAGUAGUAGUAAACUUGAUGGGAGCUAUCAGGUUUGCUUAGUCUUUCACUGGAAGUUUGAACUUUAUGACAUCAGUGAUGUCUUUGUAUGUAUAGAACUAUAUCUUGAUUUAUCAAGAGUAAUUUCUUUUUUCAGUCCAUAAAUGUGGAAAUGUCAUAGGAUAUUUGGCAGAGUUUGGGACUAAGAGAACUCUGUGGUGCAGCUUUAAGCUCUGCUUCAAUUUUUUUUUUUUUUUUAAAGCCUGUAGACGGAGGCCACCAUUUCAAAACCAGCACAGAAGUCCUGAACAGAUUGAAGUGGCUUUUUAGUCUAAGUUACUUUUGCUGUAACGGAUGCAGUGGAAUAACAAUGUUUACAGGUACCAAUCCUGAUCCCUGCUCAAUGUAGCAUUUUUUUUUUUCUUAUAAAGGCAGGGAUGGGUUUCUUUAAUUUAAACUGCACAAACAUACAAGGAUGUUUUUUAAAUGGAACCUUCUCUCAUGUGAUACUAAACUAGAGCACUUCAGUUUACAAAACAGCAAGUUCAUCUUGGUGGAAGCUAGCACAAGGGACUUAACAUAAGUGAAGUGUGAAGACCUACACUUCGAUGCUGUUGCAAAAUUACAGGCCAUGGCUACCUUAGACAAAAGUAAUUACGCUGCCGUAGGUGUCUGUGUACUUUAAACUUACUGGCUUCAAACAGGUGCAUUGUAGGCUAUAUUGUAUUCAGAUGGGUUUUGUCCACGACUUUGAAGAGUAAUGUGAUGGUGUACCAUAACUUUCCUGAGGCAGCUGAUGUUGUAUAAAGCUACAGUCUGCACAGCUUAGGAUUUACCACUAAACAGUCUGUGUUUGGAAGACAUCUUAAAUUGUUUGGAGCACUGCAGUUCAAAGUCUUACAGGUUUAAGGGACUAUUUAGUUUGUAUAGGAAUAGUAGAACCUUGAAGUAUGUAUUGGAAAGUUUUUCUUUAGUGUGGAUGGCAUUUAUUUGUUUUGGCAAGUCAUUGGCUCAAAAGUGGCACUUCACUACCUUGGUCAAAUAAGAAAGGAUGAGUAAAAAUGUUUCCCAUAAAAGCAACUAUUUAACUUCAGUAUUAUUUUUUUUUAUUUUGAACACUGAGUGCAAUUUAGCCAUCCAGGAAGUUUGUCUUGCAAAUGUACUGAUUCUUGUGGGACAGUCAAACCAAACAUAGUAUUGGCUUAACAUGUUGUUUUAGCAUACAACUUGCAGGGUUUUUUAAUGAGAAUCUGAACCUUAGUUCAUUACCCCUUUCCCUCCAUACUUUUUCUUUGCACUGUUUGUAUUGCAAAUUUAAUUGCCACUAAUUUGUUUUCAUUAUUCAAGAGAUUAAGUUUGCAUUGCUGAUACUUGUAAUAGUUGCUUCAAGGUUAUGCUGAGUAAUUAGGAAGUAGUGACUUUAAUAUUUGAAAGGGAAGAGGGUAUUUAUUAUGCAUACUGUGAACUGCAUUGACAUCCUGGGUUUUGGAUGCAGCAUAUGGAGUUUUCUUUACAGCAUUGUAAUGAAGAUUGCUUUGAAGUGUUUACACAAUAGCACACUUACCGUAUUAAAAACAAAUUAGUUUAGCACAGUGGACAAAAGUAGAGAUAAUUUUGUUAUCAGUUCUUAACUAACACAUUUGAAAUAUGUAAUUUUAGUAAGUACACGGUAAAUAACGGGUAGCCUUGGCCCUGUGUUGUACUCUGACAUUUUUAGCCAAGUUGUCAGCUUCUUGUUGCUGUGUUUUGUGCUGAACUUUGUACCUUCUUUCUUUUGUUUAUGAAUCAACACAUUUUAUGUAAUUUUGUAAAAUACUGGCCAUGAUCUUCCAUUGUUAUACAUUCAAGAUUAUCUAUGGGUUUACAGUGAGUGGCUGGUCUGUAUAAAAAUUAUUAUACAAAGAUGACUGAAUGCUUAUACCAGUUGCACUUAAAUGAACAUGCCCAUUCUCAUUAGCUGAUGCAGUAAUAUAUUCAGUUUAUCUAUGCAUUGCUGGGCUCUUAAUGUAGACAGAGACUUGUCUAAGAUUUGGGUUGUCAGCAAGUUGAAUGGACACUUUAGUUAUUUAAUAAAGACUUUUGACCAAAAUUCAGAAAAUGAUAUGAGAGAAAAAUGAAUUCCAGCUAGUCUAAUAGAUUUUUAAAUGCUGAUCUUAUUUAGCCUGUUGGCUAGCUAGCUGGUAUCGUUUACUUUUAAUUCCUUGUUAAAAUGAGGCAAUAAUUUGCAAGAUUUUGUAAAUAUGUAAAUUCUUCAUAUCUUUUUAGAUAUCUAUUUCAAUAUUUUCUGACUACUUCUGUGUAUAGUAACAUUUUUGUGCAUGCUUGAUGUGACAUUCAUAAAUUUGUACCACUAUGACUUUAUCCAUGUAAAAUAGCUAUUUAUUGAAUUUUUCUUUUAAAAGCUGGACUUACUUAUUUUUCUCUCAGUUUAAGCAUUUAAGUGGAGAACUUGUUACUGUUUAUUAAAAGAAUUGUGUUUUGAAAGUCAGCAUGAACAUAACCGAAUUGCAACCAUACGAAGAAAUUGCAUUGCCUUGUUUCUUGGAUGGUGAAGCACAAUUCUUGUAACAAACUGUGAUGAAUUCUUUGUCCUUUGCCACACUUUUUCUUCAGACAAACAAACCAAAAAAAUCCAUGAUGGGCAAUUGCAGUGUUGGUAAAUGUAUCCUUUUUAUGUACAGGGAAUUUGAAGAGGAUAGCCGAUUCAUUUAGAAGUGUAACUGGUGCUGUGAUUAUAGCAAUACUUUUACUUUGGUUACUCAUAUGUCAUCUUCUCAAUGCUAGGUUUUUAAAUGUUUAGUUUUCCUCUUGUCAUGAUCAAACUGCUGAAUUUACUUGAAGGAUGUACAGUACUGUUUGAGGAAUACUAAAUUGUGUACAAUUAGGUCAAUGAAUUGUGCAAUUGUUUCCUGUUUUUAAUUUUUAAAACUGAGGGUAAAAAAUAUAGAAAAACUACAGAUCAAGUAGAACAUAGUGAUAUUACUUAAUUUAACCAAAGUCUAGUGAAUAUCUCAACUUUGAAUGUAAGCUAAUGGAUAAACUGACCAACAGGGACACUAUUUGCCCAGCAUUACAAGCACAUUGUCUACAGACAGGGAAACUAAAUACAGUAAUUUAUAAAAUAAUGACAAGGUUACUAUUUUUUUUAUUCCUAUUUUUCAUUGUAAGACAAAGGAAGAUUCUAUUGUAAAAUACAGUAGGAAUGGUUAUAGUCCUCCUAAUAAAACAGAGAUUCCAGUUAUUCUCAGUUUAAAGUAAGUACCCUGUGCAUAACAACAAAUCUAGUGACAAUCGGAACAUGUUUUAGUAUCAGAUGUUCAAGAGGAAGUCGCUAUUGUUGCAUUGGUUUUAAUAUUUGUACAUAAACACUGAUUUUUUUGAGCA